AAACCCUUUGAAAACCCUUGCUUGCUUCCCAUUCAUUCUCCUCUUUCGCGUAGGGUUUUUCCAAACUCUCGCCCUUUUCUCUCUCCAAUUAUCUCCGCCGCUGAAUCCGCCGCCGAUCAAUUCUCCGGCAAUUAACGCCGCCGUAUUCGGAGGAGAGAGAAAAUUCAGAGGGAUUAUCAUGGGAGUUGAGCCGGCGAAUUAUACCAAGGAAGAACAGUAUCAACAAAUGGAGGCUGAUGAUGAUAUUGAUCGAACUGAUUCUGAAGUUAUUUUUCAUAUUCGUCAAGCUCUUAAAUCUGCUUCUUCGGAUGAGAAUGAUGAUUACAACGAACUCAUUGGGUUGCUACAUUACAAUGAUCAUCUCUCCCCCGAGGAUGUAGCUAUGCUUGUGACAAGUUUGAAGGCCUUAUCCGGUGCAGUUUCAUGCAUAGAUACUGUGCACCAUGGGAGUCUUCUUGAUACCAUUUUUAAUAUGAGCUUGUGGAGCUAUGGUCCUGAGGUCAUGGACGCUUUGAUUGAGUUGAUUAUAUCCCUGGCUGCCUCCAGUGGUAAAUAUGUUGAUUCAUGUUUGGAUAUGCUUGUAUGCAACUUCACUCCUCCUAAGAGGUUCGUCGAAGCUCUAAAGUGGCCAUAUGGUGUUGCAAAGAAGGAUCACGUUUUGGUUAGGGUGCAUUCUGCUUUGGAAUAUAUUUCAGGCCUGGUUCCUCUUGCGCCAUCAAGAUUAUUGCCCAUUGUUCUGCAGAGAAUGCCAAAAGUUUUUAAUAACCUACAAGAACCUGUGGUGGUGUUGUUUGUAGAAAACAUGUUCAAGCUGGAAAGCAGUGCUAUUGGGGAGUUAGUUGGCAGGAGAAUGCUAAUCAUGGCUGUGGUCGACUUGCUGAUAGAUUUUGACGUGGAGGUUGGAUGGGAUGAUAUUCUAGAGGAGAAUCCUCAGAAAGGCAUUUUUGAGAUGGAGUUGGAAGACGAGCAGAUAUUGGAUGAUGAGGAUGAUGAUGACGAUGGAGGUGAGUUUGUGAGAGAAACCUCAGGUCAGAGACGUCUCUGGAAAAAUAGAGUAACUGACAAGUUAGAAAAAUUGGAUAGCCUUAUGGUCACUACUUUUGAGCAUCUAAAAUAUUGCAAAGAGAACGGUCGUUUGGUUGAGGUGUUUGAAUCUCUCCUCCAGUCAUUUCAGAUUACAGUUCUGAAUGCUUACAAGUCUAAAUUUGCACAGUUCGUGAUUUUCUAUGCCUGCUCUCUGGAUUCUGAAAUUUGUGGCACAAGAUUUGCUGAAUUUCUUGCUGAUAUGUAUAUUUGCUGCAGCUUUCCCCCACUUACUAGGAUGAGUGCUGUUGCAUAUCUAGCAAGUUUCAUGUCUCGUGGGAGAUUCCUGUCUACACCCCUUGUUGUGAACAUUUUGGGAAGACUUGCCAAGUGUUGCUCAGAUUAUUGCAGACUUCAAAGUGGCAAUUCUGAUCCAAAAGUUCAUAGAGUGUUUUAUGCUGGAUGUCAGGCCAUCAUGUAUGUUCUCUGUUUCCGCAUGAGAUCUAUCAUUGACAUUCCAAAUCUGAAAUCGCAAAUCUCUGGUUUUCCCUUGAGUCAAAUAUUUACGAGUCAUCUGGAGCCUUUGAAGGUUUGCUUGCCAUCAAUUGUAGAGGAAUUUUUACAGCAAGCAAAAUCAGCUAAUUUACUUCAUAAAAGUGGUACUCCUGUUUUUCAUGAUAUGCUAGAGUCUGAACUUUCUAAAGCUUUUGGUGGGAUUGAAAGGCUUGACAUGUUCUUUCCAUUUGACCCAUGCCUAUUGAGGAAAAGUGACAGUUCCAUUCGCCCAAAUUUUGUGUACUGGUCUAUGGUUCGAAAAACAUAUGAAGACGAUGAAGGCAGCAGCGAUGAAGAUGUUGAUGUUUUCUACCCAGAUACGAAUAGAGCAGCAUCCCGAGAUGAAGGGAUUGUAGAAAGUUUUGAAGAUGAUUAUCUUGACGAGUUUAAUGAUACAUUGAACAGAAUGUCCAUCACACCUAAAGAUUCUAUGCUUAAAAGUAGAUAUGGUCGUAAUUCACACACCCCUAUGCAAAUGCCGUCUAAACUCAGGCCAUCUAUGAGCCCGGAAUCUUCAUUAUGAGCUUCCAAUUUUCUACUGGUUAAAUGUGUUCUUGAGGAACCCAAGAAUCCAGCAAUAUGCAGCUGGGAGAAGAUACGCCACAAGUCGCAUAUGUUGCAGUGAGACUCUUAUCUGCUGAUGGCUUUUCUCAAUGUCCCAUUUGUCGACAACUAUCUCCAAAUUGAGAUCCGCGACUAAGAAUCUAGGGUGCUAGCAAAUUGUGUUGUAAUUCUCUACAAAUUUUGUUCGCUUUAUGUAAUCUCUUAAAGCCUAAUUCAUAAUUUGACGAUUAGAUUAGCAAAAUAUGUACCAUCUUAAAUUCUAGUGUCGAUGAUAUUUUUGGGGGUCGUAGAAUGUAAUUUAUACAAUAACGAUACAUCAAAGUUGGACCAUUCUGUGCUAGUGUAAUGAAAGUACAGUGAAUUGAAAUUUUAUGGAACAUGAUUUGUAGUUUCGUAUUUA